AUGUCAGGAAAGAAGAUCAUCACCGUGUUUGGAGCCACUGGCAACCAGGGAGGAUCUGUCGUUGAGACCUUCCUCAGCGAUCCCAAGUUGAAGAACGACUGGAGCGUCCGAGGCAUCACUCGCGACGUCACCAAGGACUCUUCCAAGAAACUCGCCGAGAAGGGUGUGGAGGUUGUCUCUGCGGACCUCAAUGACAAGGCUUCGGUCGUCGCGGCACUCAAGAACUCGUAUGCUGUCUUCGCUGUCACCAACUACUGGGAGAAGCUGGACAUGGAACUGGAAAUCCAGCAGGGCAAGAACAUUGCCGAUGCCGCAAAGGAGACUGGUGUGAAGCUACUGAUUUGGAGCUCACUUUACAAUGUCACCAAGCACUCGAACGGAGUGCUCGCCCACGUCUACCAUUUCGACAGCAAGGCCUUGGUUGAGGAUUACAUCCGGGAGCUCGGCAUCCCCGCCACAUUCUUCAUGCCCGGGUUCUACAUGACGAACCUGCCAGGCGCCAUGUUCCGACCCUCGCCGCCUGAUGAUGCCUGGACUCUGGGUAUGCCCAUCCCGGCGACGUCCGUCAUCCCCAUGUACCUGCCCAGCGACACGGGCAAGUACAUCAAGGCGGCGGUGCUGAACGAGGACAAGGUGCUCGGGAAGCACAUCCUGGGGGCGACGGCGUACAUGACGGGCCAGGAGGUGGUCGACGGGUUCAAGCAGGCGUUCCCGGAGUCGGGCAAGACGGCGCGCUUCUUCGACGUGCCCGAGGACAUGUUCCGCGGCUUCCUCAAGGGCCAGGGCAGCCCGGACUUUGUCGUCGACGAGAUGCACCAGAACAUGCGGCUGAUGAACGAGUUCGGCUACUACUUUGGCGAGCCGCUCGACUUCACGCACGGCCUGGUCGAGGACCGCCUCACCACGUGGGAGGAGUACGCCCGCUCGGCGGCCGGGUUCGCCGAGGCGAAAUAG